AUGGGACCAGCAUACAAGCCCCCCGCUUCGGCGCCGCAAUGGCUCGUCCCUGUAUCGACGCUCUGCCUCGGCGCCGGCGUCUGCCUCUGGACUGUGUGUUACAUCCUCAUGGCGCGCCGAGCGCUGCAGACGCACGCAACUCCCAUUCCGCUGGUGGCGCUGGCCAUGAAUCUCGCGUGGGAGUUGGUCUACGGCUUGUACGUGGCCGACAUGCCCGUCGCGGUGGCCGGCUUCAUCCUAUGGCUGCUGUUUGACCUGCCGGUGCUCUACGCGACCGUCACGCAGGCCAAGCACUCGUUUGCCGCCUCGCCGCUGGUGGCGCGCAACAUUGGCAUGCUGCUCAGCAUCGUGACCGUGGGCUGCGCGGCCGCGCAUCUGCUAUUCGCGCGCUGGUGGCUGGCUGAGCCGCACAGAGGCCACGGGAGUAAGGAGGGCAAGCUGUGGUUCAACCUCGAGGCCAGAGACACCACGGAGCUGGCGUGGUGGUCAGCCGGCCUGUCGCAGCUUGUGCUGAGCGUCUCGUGGUUGGCGAUGCUGCUGAGCCGAGGACAUUCUGGCGGACAGAGCUACGGAAUUUGGUUCUGCCGCUUUGCUGGCUCGGUAAUGGGUUUGCUAGUGACUUGUUGUCUGCUCUGGUGGUAUUGGCCCGAGCCUCACGGCUUCAUUUUCCAUCCUCUUUCCUACAUCAUCAUGACUCCCUGGUUUGCUUGCGAUGUUGCAUAUCCGUUCGUCUUGGCCCAUGUACGGAAAUCGGAAAAGGUACUUCCAAAUGGCAUGGUGGUCGUCGGCGAUGCCGACGACGCAGGGCGCAAAGAGAAGCUGUAA